GAAGUUAAAGCCGGUGUGCUGCUGCUACCUUCACCAGAGGCAGAAACACAUAUAACCAGUGAAGUGUUUAUUUGCCUACUUCCUGCUAAUACUUUUUCGAGACAUUCUAAAGCACACAGUAACUAAAAUCUCAAGUUCUCUCUCACCUCGAAACCCUAAAGCAGUCUGUUUCGCGAAUUUCAAGAACCUUAGAUUUUCCACUCCGAAGGAGAGAAAUCAGGGUUCGGAUUUCUUUGCUCUGAACCUAACGAUCAGGUAUUGAGAAUUAGAGGAGAUCUAAUAAUGGCGAAGAAUUCUUCUAACGGGGAGCACCAAACGACAUCAAAACCACCUCCUACACCGUCUCCUUUGCGGAAUUCUAAAUUUUUUCAGUCAAAUAUGAGAAUUUUGGUUACUGGAGGAGCUGGGUUUAUCGGAUCUCACUUGGUGGACAAACUAAUGGAAAAUGAAAAGAAUGAGGUAAUUGUCGCUGAUAACUACUUCACUGGUUCAAAGGACAACCUUAGAAAAUGGAUUGGUCAUCCAAGAUUUGAGCUCAUACGACAUGAUGUCACGGAACCAUUGUUGAUUGAGGUUGAUCAGAUCUACCACCUUGCAUGCCCCGCUUCUCCAAUUUUCUAUAAAUACAACCCUGUAAAGACAAUAAAGACAAAUGUGAUUGGCACACUGAACAUGCUAGGACUUGCCAAGCGAGUUGGAGCAAGGAUUUUGCUUACAUCAACCUCUGAGGUAUAUGGAGAUCCACUUGUGCAUCCCCAAACUGAGAACUACUGGGGUAAUGUGAACCCAAUUGGAGUUCGGAGCUGCUAUGAUGAGGGAAAACGUGUGGCUGAGACCUUGAUGUUUGAUUAUCACAGGCAACAUGGGAUAGAAAUACGCAUUGCUCGUAUAUUUAACACUUAUGGACCUCGCAUGAAUAUUGAUGAUGGCCGUGUUGUCAGCAAUUUUAUAGCUCAGGCACUUCGUAAUGAGCCAUUGACUGUUCAAGCUCCUGGAACACAAACUCGCAGUUUCUGUUAUGUCUCUGACAUGGUUGAUGGCCUCAUUCGACUUAUGGAAGGAGAACACACUGGACCAAUCAACAUCGGAAAUCCAGGUGAAUUUACCAUGCUUGAACUUGCUGAGACAGUGAAGGAGCUCAUUAAUCCUGAGGUGGAGCUGAAAGUGGUGGAAAACACUCCGGAUGAUCCAAGACAACGGAAGCCAGACAUCACAAAGGCAAAGGAACUGCUAGGGUGGGAACCAAAGGUCAAGUUGCGCGAUGGCCUUCCCCUCAUGGAGGAAGAUUUCCGACAGAGGCUUGGAGUCGCCAAAAAGAAAUGAACCACCACAAUGCAAAACACAGUAAGUAAUACAUACACAACCAGCAACAAUGACGAGGUCUCAGACAUUUCACCAAAAACGGAAAACAUCAGAGCACAUUUUAGCUCACAAGUAUGUGUUGUGAAUGUCCCUUUUGAAAAUAAUUUUUUAAGCAUGUUAUAGGAGAAUAAAUGGACGAGUAGAUAGCAAUACUGAGGAAUUGUGGAAGCUUUAUCCUUUGAACUGAGAUUUCAUGUAUUCCCUUUUUUGUUCUUUGGUUGAGAGUCUUGAGACUGCUUCUUCUUGCUUGUGAUUCCCUCAAUUGCCUUUUUGUUGAUUGAAAAAAUUGUUCCCCA